CUCGCCAUCUUGCAUCUCACUCAUACCCACACCCAUCUACCUCCCCCACCCCCCCUCCUCUCCUUUGUCUACCCCAACCACCCCGUAAAGGGCAUCGCACUCCACGAUGCAGCCAAACCAGUGGCAGCAGCAGCAGUUUGGCUACACCGGCGGUGCGCCCCAGGGCUACCAAGGUUAUGGCCAGCAGCAGCAGCCGGCCUUCCUCUCAACCCAGCCCACGGGCUACCCCGGCGCCGCUCAGGCCCAGCCUCAGCGUCCCAUGGCGACCGGAUAUGCCCCCCAGCAGCAGUUUGGCGCGCAGCCGACCGGCGCCGCGUCGCUCGGCGUGCCAGGAGCCGGCGGUGCAGGCGGCAGCUAUGCCUUCCUCAACGCCCCUCCCCCCGCUGGAUCAUUCGGAGCUCGCGGAAGCCUCUCCGCGCAGGGUGGCCUCGCGCCUCAGAUCACAGGCUUCCCAGGCGGCGGCGCCAGCGGCCUGCUCCCCCAGCAAACUGGAUACCCCGGCGCUGGCUCGGGCCUGCUUUCUCAGCCGACCGGCCUCGGAGGUGGCUUGCUCGCUCAGCCCACGGGCUACGGCGCCCUCCGCGCUCAGCCGACCGGCCUCCCUCAUGACCCUCGUCUGCAGGCCAUGAUGCAGACGUUUAUGCCGAGCAAUCUCAGCCAGCCUUACUCGUCUGCCGGCGUGCCCCAGUUUAGCCAGGCGCAGCAGCAGCCCCUUCAGCAGACGUUCCAGAGCUUGCUGCAGAACCCGGCAGCCAACACGCCCAAGAUCCCCUGGGUGCUUACCCGCCAGGAGAAGAAGGACUACGACCAGAUCUUCCGCGCCUGGGACACUAAGGGCGACGGCUUCAUCUCCGGUGAGAUGGCCCAGGAGGUGUUUGGACAGGCCGGUCUCGGACAGGAGGAUCUCAUGAAGAUUUGGAACCUUGCCGACGGCGACAACCGUGGCAAGCUCAACCUGCCCGAGUUCCACGUCGCCAUGGGUCUCAUCUACCGUGCGCUCAACGGCAACCCCAUCCCUGAUGUUCUCCCCGAGGAGCUCAAGCCGGCAUCCAUGAAGGAUAUCGACUCGACGGUCAACUUCAUGAAGGACCUGCUCAAGCACGAGUCCAAUACUCGCUCGGACAACAGCUCACCCGUGUACGGCGGUACCCCCGCGUCGGCGGCUGGCUCCAAGGAUGCCAAGGUGUACAAGCACAACGACCAGACGACCGGCACCUACCGCUCGUCGUCGCGCCACCUGGACCGCAAGGCCGUGCGCUAUGCGGGUGAGGAGUCUGGUGCCGAGAUCUCGGACCUCCGCCGCCAGCUCCAGAACGCCUCAGAUUCCCUCGACGCCUCGUCCAAGGAGCAGUCGCGCAAGACUGAGGAGGACGAGGAGAUCGAGACCGAGAUUGAGGACGUCAGCCGUCGUGUUCGCAGGAUCAACGAAGACUUGGAGUAUGUCUCCAAGGGGCGUCGCACCCAGGACAAGGACGAAGAAAAGCGCAAGCUUGAGCGCGAGCUGCUCUUCCUCAUGCACGAGAAGCUCCCCGAGCUCGAGCGCAGGCAGCAGCGACGAGAGGAGGAGAAGCGCAUGGAGGAACGUGCCGGCGUUCGCGCACGCGACAGGCGAAACGAUACGCACGGCCGCUACGGUGGCGGCGGCUCUGGCCGGGACGAUGAUCGCGACUGGCUGCGGGGAUCGUACGACCGCGACCCCCGCGACAGGUCGCGUGAUCGCAGCCGUGACCGCCACGACUACGACUACGACCGCCGCGGAAGCCAGAGCCGAGACCACGAUCGCUACGACCGCGAGCGCGACAACCGCGACCGUGACCGUGACUACGACCGUGAUUACGACAGGCGACGAGGCGGCGACGACGACAGGAGGAGGGGCUCGUAUGACGACCGCGACCGCCGGGAUCGUGAGGUGCACGACCUUGCCAAGCCCCGUGCCCCGCCAUCGCCACCAAAGACGGCUUCUCCCGCGCCGGAGGCUCCUAAGGCUGCCCCCGCGCCUGCCAAGGCACCAUCCAAGCCAGCGGCCAAGCCGUGGGCGAAGAUGACCGCCGAGGAGCGUGCGGCCGAGGCUCGACGCCGUGUGGCUGAGCGUCAGGCAGCACUGGGCAUUGCCCCGGCAGAGGACGCGUCUGCGGCUGACGACACUGUCGAGGUGCGACUUGCUCGCGAGCGCAAGGAGGCCGAGGAGAAGGCCAAGGCUGCAGACAAGGAGCAGGAAGCUCGUGAGGAGGCCCGCCGCCAGCGCCUUGCGGCCGUGACCGGUGGCGAUGAUGCGGCUCCUGCUGGUGCACCCGCUGCCCCAGCCCCGCCUGCACCGCCGGCAGUGAAGACGCCUGCCAAGAAGCCUCCUCCUGUUGCACCGGUUCGCAAGGGACAUGCCCCGCCUCCAGCCCCAUCGCCCCGCGCCGCCCCACCCGCACCAGCACCGCCCAAGGCGCCUGUCCCUGCCGUUCAGGUCGAGGACUCUGAGGAGGCCGAGCUCCGCGCCGCUGAGGAGGCCAGGAAAAAGCGUCUUGCUGAGCGUCGCGAGCAGCUUAAGCGCCAGCAGGAAGAGGAGGAGGAGGAGCUUCGCCGCGAGGAGGAAGACCUGGCCAGGCGUCGGGCUGAACGUUCCGCCAAGGUUGCAUCGCCCGUGGCCGCCGAUCCUCCCCUUCCUCCGUUCCCCACCUCUCCUUCGGCGCCGACGCACUCGACGGGCUCCCACAACCCCUUCCACCGCAAGACGACGGCGGACGGCGCUACGCCUACGACCCCAGCCACUGGCGGCGGCUUCAACCCCUUCUUCCGUCCCGGCCAGACCACGGGCCCUGCUGCUGUUGCGGCGCCGGCCCAGCGUUCGGUUGAGCCCCCCACUGCCUCGGAGGCCGCUCCCGCCGUGUUCGUCCCCCCACCACCACCUCCUCCCCCUCCCGCCCCCCCUGCUCCUGCUCGUGUCAACUCAGCUCCCCCGCCUGACGACGACUGGGAUGUUAUCCAGGAGAAGCACCAGGAGGAGUCGGACAGCAGUGACGACGAGUACGCCAACUCGCGCCACAAGCGCGGCGCUCUCGCCUCGGCUCUCUUUGGCAACAUUCUCCCGUCGUCCAAGCCGACGUCGCGUUCCAACUCGGCCGACCCAGAAGCUACAUCGCCUUCGUCUGCCAAGCCACCUGCUGCUGCUCUCGCCAAGCUGGGCGGCGGCUCUGCUGGAGGCGGUGGCAUGUCGGCGCUUCUGUCGUCGAUCCAGGGCGGCGCCAGGCUCCGUCACACGGAGACCGUGGACCGCAGUGCUCCUGUCGGUGCUGGUGGUGUUGUCGGUGGCGACGCCGCGCCGCCUGCGCACAUCAACGCUGGCGCUCCGGUUGCCCCUCCUUCGCCCCCUCCUGCCCCUCACGCGGCCGUGGACGAGGACGACUUUGAGGCUCGCAAUGCCAAGCGCCAGUCGACUGACUGGUACGGCUCUCUCGCCGCGGACUCGUCGCACCCUGCCGCCCAGCACAUGGAGCAGCUCUCUCUGGAGCCCACGCGGGAGGAGGACGAGCGUGUCGUGGACUCCCCCGUCGGCGGAGCUCCGGCUGAGCACGCUGCUGCCGAGCCUGCGUCGGACGGACCGAGCCUCGACGACGUUGACCUCGGCACGACCCUGCGUGUCCGCACUCUCUACGACUACGCGACCUCGUUCAACGGCGACCUCCCCUUCCAGGAGAACGUUGUGCUCGAGGCUCACCCUGCUAAGGACCCCCACGGCCCCUGGUGGUACGCUACCCUGCCAAACGGCAAGGCUGGCUGGAUCCCCGGCUCCUUUGUGGAAAAGUUCACGACGACACCGGCACGGGCAGUCUACGACUAUGCCGCGGGCAGCCCCGAGGAGCUGUCGCUCACUGAGGGCGACGCCCUCCUGGUCAUUGACCAGGUCGACCCUGACUGGUGGAAGGUUGAGAAGUCUGGCGCCGUCUACAUUGUGCCUGCGGCCUACGUCGAGACCAUCGAUGCCCAAGCUCAAACCAGUGGUUUCAGCCUUCCACAGGGUACGAGUAUCCCACGGAUCGCAACUCCGCCACUGGAAAAACCUGCGCUUGCUACGCCACAGGAGGAACCCCACACAGCUACUAACGGUCAGCAUGACCCCAUGGCCGCAUUUCCUCCCUUGUCAGUCAUCACUUCCACCAUCGACGAGACAGAGUCGGCGCCGCCCACGGCGACGGCCCUCUCAGCCAAGCACCUCCUGGCCACUCCCACCCUGGAGAGCAUCGUCCGGCCCGCCAGAUCGAGAACAACCUCGGUGUCACAGUACAGCGUCGAUUCUGGGGGUAUAGACGACGGCGGCGAGUCGUCUGACGAGGACUCUGUGCUCUCGUUCUGGUCUUCAGACGACGAUUCGGACCGAGAGGAGGAGAUCUUUGACACGCAGGGUGCGCAGGCGGCAGAACUAGAAAAGGCGAGGAAGGAGGAAGAGAAGAAGCGGAGGGAGCAAGAACGACAGAAGGCUCUCGCUGCGGCCGGCCUCAAGAUCAGGCGCGAGCCGCCGGGCAUCCCAGUUGACGCGCAGCGCAAGGCCGCAGCCACUCGGCGCCGUCGCCCGGCACCGGCCGUGCCCCAGCGAGACAAGAAACCAGCCGCGUCGCCGUCGGCAGUGGAGAAGGACCUGCCUCACAUGCCACUCACCGAGACUCCAGAAAUCCAGGUUCAGGACGCGUACGCGCGGUACGAGCAGUUCCUAACCGAGGCGACCAAGGCGCCUGCGCCAGCCCCGCGCCCGACAUCGAUCGUGCUCCCCGCGUCCAGGCCGACAAGCGUGCUCGAGGUGUCGUCGCCGGCUCCGAGCACGGCGUCCAAGGGCUCUGCGUUCUCCGGCUUCCUCGGCCGUCUUGGCGUCGGGCACGCCGCCGUGCCGGAACGGACCACCCCCAAGAUCUCGGGCCCGAUUGUGUCUGGCCCGAUUGGCGGCGGACCCAUCAGCGGCCCGCUCACCCCUGGUGCGCUCACCCCGUCCUCGGAGGCCCCCGAGCCCGCGUCUGACUUCGGCAAGACGUGGGGCUCGCUCGUGGACCCGUCCGUCCUCUCGACCAUGACGACGCAGGAGCGUAAGCGCCAAGAGUCCAUCUUCGAGUUUAUCGCGACCGAGUCGAGCUACGUGCGCGACCUGCAGCUCAUCGUCAACGUGUACUACUUCAAACUCAUGAACAUUCUCGACGAGAAGAGCCUAACUGUCAUCUUUGCCAACAUUGAAGACAUCCUCAUGUUCAACUCUGGCUUCUUGAGCUCGCUCGACGACCGGCAGAAGGCGUGCCGCCUGUACAUUGACACGAUAGGCGACAUCCUCGCGGACAACCUGAUCAACCUGGACGUGUACAGACCGUACUGCGUCAACCAGGACACGGCGGCCAAGCUGCUCGUGCAGCUGCGGAAGCAGGACGCGAAGCUCGACGCCGCGCUGACGGAGAUCAAGGCCAACAACCCCGAAGUGCGCGGGCUCGAGCUGUCCAGUUUCCUCCUCCAGCCCAUGCAACGCCUCACGCGCUACCCGCUGCUGCUGAAGCAGAUUGCGCACUACACCCAGCCAGACCAGGACCUCGAAGCCGUGCAGCGCGCGCUCGCGAGCACGGAGCGCACGGUCGCCAGGAUCAACGAGGACGUGCGCGAGGCCGAGAGCCUCGACCGGCUGCGCGUCAUCUCCGAGGACCUCUGGGUCGGCGGCGAGGGCCGCAUCGACCUUACCGAGCCGACGGCGUUCCAGGGCCCGCGCAAGCUCAUCAAGGAGGCGAGCGUCGCCAAGGCGAAGAGCGGGCGCAAGCUCACCAUGGUGCUGUGUACCGACGUCAUCAUCCUCAUCGAAGCGGGGCAUCUCUACAGAAUGCCUAUCCCGCUGUUCGACGUCGAUAUCCGCGCCGGUAAGGACGACGUGUCCUUCGGCCUAGGCGUCGGCAACAACGACGUCGUGCGCCUCCGAGCGCCAAGCAACAAGGAGCGCGUGGAGUGGAUCGGCGUGCUCUCCAAGGCGCGCAGAGAAGCGGUCGACGCGCGCCGCGACGCCGUGGCGGCCAUGGGCGGGCGCCCAGUGUCCGUGUCGUCUGACCCCCGCCGGCCGGCGUCGGUACGUAGCAGAUCCGACUCGCUGCAGCCGCGCGAGAGCUGGGAGCACCGGCGCCCGGUAUCGGGGUACGGGUAUGAGGAUCAGCGCCGCCCGAGCUCCGGGUACGGGUACGAGCCGCCCGCUGCGCCGCCGGCAGCACAGCGACCCCGCCCCGUGUCGACGUACGAGUUCCGGCCCGAGCUCGACCGCCUCCCACCACAGCAAACGCGCACGCACACGCCCCCGCCGCCCCCGCGCUCGCCGCCCCCGCGCAGCGGACCGGACUACGUGACGAGUUACCCUGGCCAGAGAGUGUACGACGAGGCGCACUCGUACGCUGGUAAGGGGGAGAACAUGUACAAUCACGAGUUUUAG